AUGGCUGAACGAUACAUCCCCGAGCACAGGCGCAACUUCAAGGCCAAGCAGUCCUUUAAGCCCGAUGAGUUGAGACGCCGCCGCGAAGAAGCCCAGGUCGAAAUUAGGAAGGCAAAGAGGGAGGAGAGUCUUGCGAAGCGUAGAAACUUGGCCACCAACAGCCCCGCCCCCGGUGCCGUUGAUAGCGAUGAUGACACCGCCACGGAGUCUCAGUUGAACGAAGAUCUCCCAACGAUGUGCAAGGGCGUCUUUUCGGAUUCGAUCGACCAGCAGAUCCAGGCAACCACAAAGUUCCGCAAGCUGCUCUCCAAGGAGCGCAACCCUCCCAUCGAGAAGGUCAUCGAGUGUGGCGUCGUGUCGCGUUUCGUCCAAUUCCUCAACUCCCCCCACACCCUCGUCCAGUUCGAGGCUGCCUGGGCCCUGACCAACAUCGCUUCCGGAUCCGCCACCCAGACUCAGGUCGUGAUCGAGGCCGGUGCCGUGCCCAUCUUCGUGCAGCUGCUGUCGAGCCACGAGCCCGAUGUGAGGGAGCAGGCCGUUUGGGCGUUGGGCAACAUCGCCGGUGACUCCCCGCAAUGCAGGGACUUCGUGCUGGGCGCUGGUGCCCUUCCUCCUCUGUUGAACUUGCUCGGCGAUAGCCGCAAGCUCAGCAUGCUUAGAAACGCCACUUGGACUCUUAGCAACUUCUGCCGUGGAAAGACUCCUCAGCCCGAUUGGCAAACCAUCCUCCCUGCCCUGCCCGUCCUCGCCAAGCUCGUCUACUCCCUUGACGACGAGGUCCUUAUCGAUGCCUGCUGGGCCAUUUCCUACCUCUCGGACGGCUCCAACGACAAGAUUCAGGCGGUCAUCGAGGCUGGCAUUCCCCGCCGUCUCGUGGAGCUCCUGAUGCACUCGUCCACUUCCGUUCAGACCCCCGCCCUUCGGUCGGUCGGCAACAUUGUCACUGGAGAUGACGUUCAGACCCAGGUGAUCAUUAACUGCGGAGCUCUCCCUGCGUUGCUGUCCCUUUUGGCAUCCCCUAAGGACGGUAUCCGCAAGGAGGCAUGCUGGACCAUUUCCAACAUCACGGCCGGCAACUCGACCCAGAUCCAGGCCGUGAUCGAUGCCAACAUCAUCCCUCCCCUAAUCAACCUCCUCUCGCACGGUGACUUUAAGACCCGUAAGGAGGCUUGCUGGGCCAUCUCGAACGCCACCUCGGGAGGACUUCAGAAGCCCGAGCAGAUCCGCUACCUCGUCAACCAGGGCUGCAUUAGGCCUCUGUGCGACUUGCUCGGCUGCUUGGACAACAAGAUCAUUCAGGUUGCUCUCGAUGGACUCGAGAACAUCCUCAAGGUGGGUGACAUGGACAAGAACAAUGAGGCGGACAACCUCAACCGCUACGCCGUCUACAUCGAGGAGGCCGGUGGAAUGGAGAAGAUCCACAACUGCCAGAACAACGCGAACGAGGAGAUUUACAUGAAGGCGUACAACAUCAUCGAGAAGUACUUCUCGGACGACGACGAGGAAGGUGCCGAGAUUGAGGGACUCGCUCCUACCCAGGACCAGUCCGGUACGUUCAGCUUCGGUGCCCAGCAGCCGCAAGAAGGUGGUUUCAGCUUCGCCAACCCCACCAACCCCAACGGCGACUCGAUGGACAUGUAA